AGUAACAAAAUAUUGUGUAAAAUUUAAGUAAGCUAUACUUUAACUUAGUAGAAAAAACUAGCUAGAAGUGCAAUUCGAUUUUAUAUUUAUAAUGUUGUAAUUAAGAAGAAUAUUUAAUCUUAUUUCCAAAACUUAAUGAAAAUUUAAUACAUAGGAAACACCUGGAGUACUGAUUUAUUAAGGGAGCUGCUUUUAGAAGGAGUGAGCAUGUCUGUUAAUAUACCUGAUUGCCCUCCUAGUCUUAAGACAAUACAACAUUAUCUGAAGACUGCUGUAGAACAUGAUGCAAGGGAUCCCAUCAUAUCCUAUUGGUGUCGUUUACAUGCACUACAAGUUGGGCUUAAAAUAACCACCAAAAAGACACCUGAAGAAACAAAAGUUCUGAUGUCUAUAAUGGAUUGGUUAGAAGAAGCUAAAAAAGUUAACAAAGACAAUGAUGCUAUAUCCAAUGAAGUGGUGGCUCAGGCACAUUUGGAGAAUUAUGCUCUCAAAUUGUUUUUGUAUGCUGAUAAACAAGACAGAGAACUCAGUUUUGGGAAAAAUAUGGUGAAGGCAUUUUACACAGCUGGUAUGAUAUAUGAUGUAUUGACAACCUUUGGAGAAUUGACUGAUGAGGCAAGCCAGAACAGAAAAUUUGCAAAAUGGAGAGCGGCUUAUAUACAUAAUUGCUUGAAAAAUGGAGAGACACCACUACCAGCUUCUCAGCAAGGUGAGGAUGGAACUAAUGAAGAUGGCUCCACAUCUGACGCUAACCCGCUAGCCCCCCCGCCUGAACCUGGCCACAUACCAGCGCCUGCUCCAACCAGCUUCCCACAAGACUUCGGCUUCUCGGACUCCAGUCAGCCCACCAUACCUACCAACUUCGGUAACUCUUUACCAGAUCCGAAUGCAGCCAUGCGAGCCGCAUCCCAACUACCACCAGUGCCUUAUACUCCAGAUCCAAACCCUGGCGGCUUCAUUCCGUAUGACCCUUUACAACAGCCACAGCAAACCCCCUCCAGCACUGUGUACGGGGACAACUCCAACCAAGUAGCCCAGCUUAACCCUGACCAGAUAGCCAAAGCACAGAAAUACUGCAAGUGGGCUAGCAGCGCGCUUAACUACGAUGAUGUGAAGACUGCCAUCAUGAAUUUAAGAAACGCACUGGAACUUCUGCAAACCGGACGCGACCCCGCUUAAAACCACCACGCUUAAUGUUUAACAUCACAAUAUAUUAUCCAUUCAACAUAACCAAUUUGUAUAUAUCACAUGCAGCACCGACAACACGUGCCUGUGAACACUAUAUAAUUAUAUUUUUUAUUUUUAUAAUUUGGGAAACUUACUGCUAGCUUACAAUGAUAACUUGUUAAUAAAUUUAAACUAUUGAUGGCUUCUUAAGAGUUUCCACAUAUAUAUAAAAACAAACAAAAACUGUUUAUAUUUUUUAUCUAGCUGUAUAUAUUUUUAUGACAAUAAGGAACGAGAUGAGCAGAACGUUCAUCUGAUUCAAAUUGAUACGCCCUGCCCAUUACAAUGCAGUGCCGCUCAGAAUUCUUGAAAAAUCCAAUAAUUCUGAGCGGCACUACAAUAAUUGCGCUCGUCUCCUUGAGACAUAAGAUGUCAAGUCUCAUUUGCCCAGUAAUUUCACUAGCUACGGCGUCCUUCAGACCGAAACACAAUUAUGCUUACACAUUACUGCUUCACGGCAGAAAUAGGCGCCGUUGUGGUACCCAUAAUCUAGCCGGCAUCAUGUGCGUUCCAAUAAAGCUUUCCCGUUUGUAUAUUAUAUUAUAUUUAUAUAUAGCUUGUUUAUAUUUACAGUCAAGAUAUGGUAAAUAUUUAUAUUAUAAUAUUUUAUAACCGCUAACCAAUCAAUAUUGUCUCGUUUAUGCUAAUGCAAUUAUAAACUUUAACUCGGUGCCUAAGUUAUUCAAUAAAACAAUACACAGGCAUCAUGUUUAUUUACUAAUCUUAAAAUAUUAAUCGAAUAAUAUAAAUAGGUAUUUCAUAAUAUGUUUGAUAAAUGCUUGGCUAAUUUUACUAAAUCAUUAUUAUUCACAGAUAUUAUUUUUUAAAUGGUAGUUUAAAAUAUUGAUAGUUGAUAUUUUUAUUUAAUCUUUAAACAUGUACAAUUACUUAUUAUUGUGAAUAUAAUACCUAGUCUAUCUAGGCCAAAUAAAGUUUUAUUAAUUCAUUUUUUCGUUGUCUAUACACGUAACCGACAACUUUACCUACUCUUGAAUUUAUGGACGUCACAGUAGCUUUGAAUAUCCAGCUUACCUACCUUGUAGCGUUUUCAUCAAAAAAGAAUAAAGUUGAGAUGAUGAGCACCGGAUUCGUUGUCCUCACAGGGUCGGCGGGCGGAUCACUUGGUAUUUAGGUACUCGCUGUGAAUUUAUUUACUCGCGCAAGCUUUGUUUUGCCGUGCGACGUUCACUGAUGACGUUGAUGGUCAGGCCUUAGGUGGCUAAUGAUUUUCUGUUAGCUAGUUUGGUAUGCUGAUGACGCAACAUUUAAAACCGAUUAACGGCCGUUUCAAUAACGUAUCUCUAGUUACGGAUACACUGCUGUCACCAAUGACAAGAUCUUAUCUAUCCAUAGUUAUAGUCCAAUGCUUUAAGUCGAUAGGUUAUUGAAAAGUAAGUAAGUGUAAAAGGAUAGAUUUGUCUCUAGUAAGUAAAACUUAGGAUAGAUAGGUUAUUGAAAACGGCCGUAAGUUGUUGACAAUUUAAUACCGUGGAUUAGGGAUUUUAUGCUACAUCUAAGAAGUACCUUAGUAGUAGAAAAUAUACUUACAUUUAACAGAUAGGUAAGUAAUAAAUAUAAUUUUGAGAAUCAACUGCAUACUCUAUCCGCUUUGGUUUACGGUACCUAGCUUCUGAAGACUUAAUUAACCUUACAGUACAAUAAGAUGCAGUUCGUCGAAGCUGAAUUAAUUAAGAACUAUCUGACAGAAGUUGCAAUGAUCAUUAUUUUUAUAUGGAUGCCAUAGAAUAUGACCUAUUGAUCUAUGAUUAAGUACAUACCUAUUAAUUGAACCAAUAAAUUAUUUCGUGUUAAUACCUUUUAAUAUUCACUAUAAUUAUUUUAUCAUGAACUUUUUGUUGUUGUUAUCACCAGAAAUAAACUAUUUUUUAAGAUAAAA